AUGGUUUCAGAACAGAAGAACGAAACACAAACGUCAAAAGUUAGAAGAAGAAUGUCCAGAAGCACAGCAAAAAAGAAAAAGCAGUCAGCAUGUCAGCAGAUGGAGAAUGGCAACCUGUCAGAACAGCCCCAAGGAUAUAGAUGUUACAUCCGAUGA